UUGAGUGAUAGAAGAUUUAUGCAAUAGAAUACAUAUUUUGGAAGCGUAGUAUUUGUUGCAUUCAUUAUUAUUAACUCAACAAUUGAUGAGUAUGAGGUCGCUUUCAUCAUCGCCUGCAAUUGCAACUUCAUUGCAGCAGCGAACAGUCCUCCUUAGUUCCACUAUCUCACCAUUUUUCUACAAAUUCAAAUCUUACAAUCCCAAACUCCCUUUCUUCGCCAUCCGCAAUUGCACUUCCAUAACAGCCAAACCCUCUUCUCAACUCCCAAAACAUCGCACCGAUUCCGAACCCGACCUCAAACUCACCGCACUCCGACGCCUCUUCUCCAAACCCGAUGUUUCCAUUGAUGCUUACAUCAUCCCUUCUCAAGACGCUCACCAGAGCGAGUUCAUUGCUGAAUGUUACGGUAGAAGAGCCUACAUAUCAGCUUUUACUGGCAGUUCUGGAACCGCCGUUGUUACAACAGACAAAGCUGCUCUUUGGACUGAUGGCCGCUAUUUUCUCCAGGCAGAGAAGCAACUGAACUCCAAUUGGAUUCUCAUGCGAGCUGGAAAUCCAGGAGUCCCUACUACUAGUGAGUGGCUCAAUGAGGUUUUGCCUCCAGGUGGCAGAGUUGGAAUUGAUCCUUUUCUUUUUACUUCGGAUGCUGCUGAAGAACUUAAGCACGUCAUCUCUAAGAAAAAUCAUGAGCUCGUUUAUUUGUACAAUUCAAAUCUUGUGGAUGAAAUAUGGAAAGAAUCUAGGCCGCAGCCUCCAAAUAAGCCGGUUAGAGUGCAUGACCUUAAGUAUGCUGGUUUAGAUGUUGCUUCAAAAUUGUCAUCUCUGAGGUCGGAACUUGUUAAGGCUGGUUCAUCUGCAAUUAUCGUCUCCGCGCUUGAUGAAAUCGCAUGGUUGUUGAACUUGAGAGGCAGUGAUAUCCCACAUUCACCUGUUGUGUAUGCAUACUUGAUUGUGGAGAUUGGUGGAGCUAAAUUAUUUAUUGACGGUUCAAAAGUUACUGAAGAGGUGGAUGACCAUUUGAAGAAAGCAAACAUAGAGAUCAUGCCAUACAAUUCAAUUAUAUCUGAGAUUGAAAAUUUGGCAGCACAAUGUGCCUCCCUUUGGUUGGAUACUUCCUCUGUUAAUGCUGCUAUUGUAAAUGCCUAUAAAGCUGCCUGCGACAGAUAUUACCAGAAAUACGAGAGUAAACACAAAACUAGGAACAAAGGUUUUCAUGGAUCAAUUGAGAACUUGGUUGUACCCAUUGCUAUCCAUAAAUUCUCCCCUAUUUCUCUAGCAAAGGCCAUAAAAAAUGAAACGGAACUGGAAGGAAUGCAAGGUUGUCAUUUAAGGGAUGCUGCUGCCGUUGCUCAGUUCUGGGAUUGGCUAGAGACGGAAAUUACUAACAAAAGGAUAUUAACCGAAGUAGAAGCUUCAGACAAACUUCUCGAGUUUCGCUCCAAACAAGAUGGUUUCUUGGAUACUAGCUUUGACACCAUAAGUGGUUCUGGUCCAAAUGGUGCUAUCAUACAUUACAAACCAGAACCAGAGAGUUGUAGUAUUGUGGAUGCCAAUAAAUUAUUCUUAUUGGACAGUGGGGCUCAAUAUGUUGAUGGCACAACUGACAUAACACGAACAGUUCAUUUUGGCAAGCCAACGGCAAGAGAGAAAGAAUGUUUCACCCGAGUUUUGCAGGGUCAUAUAGCUCUUGAUCAGGCAGUCUUCCCCGAAAAUACCCCUGGUUUUGUGCUGGAUGCAUUUGCCCGUUCCUUUCUUUGGAAAGCUGGACUUGACUACAGGCAUGGAACUGGGCAUGGUGUAGGAGCUGCGCUGAAUGUUCAUGAAGGCCCUCAAAGUAUCAGUUACCGUUAUGGAAAUUUGACCCCUCUAGUGAAUGGCAUGAUUGUUAGCAAUGAGCCUGGCUAUUAUGAAGACCAUGCCUUUGGUAUUCGAAUUGAGAAUCUACUGUAUGUGAGAAAUGCUGAGACACCAAAUCGCUUUGGAGGAAUCCAAUACCUAGGAUUCGAAAAACUUACUUACGUACCCAUUCAGAUAAAAAUGGUCGAUGUAUCUCUGCUAUCGGCAACAGAGAUUGAUUGGCUUAACAACUAUCACUCACUAGUCUGGGAAAAGGUUUCACCAUUGCUGGAAGGGUCUGCUCACCAAUGGCUUUGGAACAACACUCGGCCUAUCACCAGUGAGACAAUUUAAUGAUUUUCAUGUUAAUGUGUUCAGGCAUCUGUGCUCAUUUUGGCAUGCUGCCCAUACCUAUUUUGACUCUAUACUCCAGAUGUCCUACUUAAUUCGCAUGUUGUGAAUAAAAUACUUAGUUAAUAGAGUCUACAGGAAUUUGAUCAUAGGAUUUGAGCUUGGCAGGACAAAUGAGCUUUUAGCUAUUUGGAUCACUGAAGUAUGCUUGCGUUAUGAUAUUCUGUAUAAUUUUAAUUGUUGUAGUGCUGUUAUAGUUAACAUUGUUUGUAUAAAAAAAAAUAUUUUUUUCUUCUUUUUAAA